CUUAUUCUUGUACUUAGUCUUCUUCUUCUUCUUUAUCUUUAUCUUUGGAUUAGAGUUAGACUUGUUCUGUUUCUUUCACAAUUCACUCUACAAUUGCACUCUCUUUCUCGAUCUAUUUAACUAUUUAUCUAUGCUUCUUCUUGUGGUAGCCGAGAAGAAAAAAACCGUGUUCUGUUGUGCUGUAACUUAGUGUGCGCACCCCUGGUGUAGGAAAUGGAGUCUCACACGACUUCUUUCGUGUCCAAGGCGCGCAUCGCGAUCCAUUCCGCUGCUGCGAAGGCGGAGCGUGUUCUGUUGGACUUAAAAACCGAUCGAGAUUCCGAUAAGCAGUUUCACGACGAGUUAGGGAGGCGGCAGGGCGAUGAAUCUGCUCGGAACGAGCACGAGUCCAAGUUUCUCAAUGAACUGAAGCAUAUAAAGUGGAGACCUCCGCAUAUAGGAACAAAGCAGGAUUGGCAAGAUAGAAUAAACAACAUUCGAAAAGGGAGAAAAGAAGUUGAAGUAACAGAUAAAGUUGGCAACAUAAACAUGGCCUCCGCUCCGUUUUAUGAUGAACAUUCGUACAUUCUCAAUGAGCAGAAUGAUCUUAUUGCCAAGGUUGAAGGCUUAGCUGCUGCGACUGAACACCCCAUCCCUCCAUCGUCUGUCCUGAAGCAGUUGGCUAUAGCUUUUGAGGCUGGAAAGAGAACAAACUCAAUGAAAGAUUUUGUAGCUUCAUCAAGAGGUUCAUCACCUGCCAAAGAGAGGGCAGGCUUAAGUCUCUCUUCGAUGAAGGCUUUAGUGUUGCGUGAAAAGGAAGCCAAACUUACCUCUGAGUUCAGUAGUGAUGAAAAAGUUCUGUAUUUGAUUAAUUCAUUGUUUGAUCCAGAGGGAAGGUUCCUUAGAAGGAAGAUCAACUCUGAUCCAGAGGAAACUUCCAUAUCAUCUUUGCCAAGAGAUAUUCAUGGUGCUCCUCCUGAAAGCUUAGUUGCUAAGCUAGCUGAAGUAAUUGGAAACUUCAAGACGCUCCAAGAAAUGGCUCUUUUUUGGUGCAGGGUUGUUGCUGAACUGAGAAAACAUUGGUCCAAAGAGAAAUACUUACCUGGAGUCCCGCAAGAUGACAUUCCAGAUCUGAAAUAUUGUCUUCUGUAUCAAAAAUUUCAAGUAAUUAAUUGUUGCAUUUCUCGGAAAAGGCGCUAUAUUAUUGCCACUGAAUCACUAAAUUCUAUGAUGGUGGAAGCCAAUUUAAAUACAUUAGAACCAGCAAAGUACGCGGACAAUAUUCCUGCAAUCCCUUUAUUACAUGCAAGGUUAAGAACUGGAGAGCUUGUUCUUCGACUUGGGGCUGAUUGCCCAUCUGGAGAUCUGAUGUUACUUGAAACAGGCGAGCCUGCAUUCUCUCCUGUGACCCAGGAGGGACCCUUGCUUACAGAAGAUUUGAUCAAAGAGACAGAGGAGUUUGUGCUCCGGACAGGAAGUGUUGGUGCUGGAUGCUCUCAACUCCUCUCUGACAUGCAGGCUUUCAAGGCUGCAAAUCCUGGUUGCAUUUUGGAAGAUUUUGUGAGAUGGUACUCUCCGCCUGACUGGACUGAAAGUGAGGGAAGUACUGAGGAUAAAGACUCUUCUUAUUGUGGAGAGUCAAUGUCUACCAAAGGUCAACUAAGUCUACGUAUGCAAAAGGAAGGUAAUUUGUGGCGUGAAUUAUGGGAAACGUCUAAACCAGUUCCAGCUGUUAAACAGGCACCUCUCUAUGAUGAGGAUUUGGCAGUGGAGGGUAUUCUAGAUGCAUUUGAAGACAUCCCACCUUCGGAGCUUUUUGAACAACUGUUUGUUUCUCUUCUCGGUUCAGGAUUUGCAAUUGCUGAAAAUAUGCUAUCUGGUGAUCUUGACAUUUCAAAAUCGUUAAAUGACUGCAAGGACUACAUAGUUACCGCUUGUCAAAGCAACAGAUUCGAUGAGAAACUCGACGAGCUUAUUCAGAUGUAUGAAAUGGUGGAGAAAAUGAUGGUGAAUCCAGACGAGGCAGUGAAGAUAGUGAAGAUGAUGGAAGAAUCAAGUAUGAGUGGUAGUGUACCAAAACGGCGGAUGUCUACUGGUGAACCAAAGCAGCGGUUAAAGCAACUUAGCCAUAUGUUUGGUGGCAAAGAUAAAGCAUCGAGCAAGUCUGUCUGGAAAGAAGAGGUAACCGAUGAAAUAAAACUGGUUCGACAUUCUUUCUCAAGUUUCUUUGACAACAGCAAGUCAUCUUUAUUUUCAAAAAAGCCUCCUAAGCCUGGAAACCUAUACCUUGUCGAAAGUGAUUGGACAGUUAUUUAGACCAAGUUCACCUUUUCUUCUUUUCUCCACCCUUUCCUCCUGCCGGAUAACUGUACAUUAAUUAAUUUAUUCUUUUUCCAUGUCUUCAUUAGUAAAUAGUAAAUUUUAAUGUAUUAUGAAAUGCCCCAAUUAUACCCACACUCAAUUUCUUGUUCAGUUUUGCUUCUUGGGUUGGGCUUGUACACGGAUGAUCAGUCAAAAUAAUGAAAGUGUUUAUUCAUUGUUGCAUCUGCAAA